UCAUGGCAGCGGGCCGGUUAAAGGCAGAGGUAUUUACGACUCAGCACUCGCCUCUAGAGUUCCUGGAGGGACAUGUGGGACCGGCGGUUCAGUUUAAAGAUAGACGGGGGUCCAUCUGUCUGUGCGUCUGCACACCUGUCCGUCUGUCCUUCUGCCAGGAGCAGCAGGACCAGAGCGAGAACACGGACGAGCGCGAGCUUCUCCUCUACGUCGUGUGCUGAUGUCACUGUCAUGUCGUAGAUUUUCAUCUUAAUUGUGUUUUAUGGUUGUUCCAAUAAGUAAAAGGGACAGUUAAACAAUGUGAAAGUGCUCAAGUACAAGUCAAAGUCCUGAUUGUAUUUGAGCGUGUUCUCUGUCGAAGCUGUUUGAGGUGUUUGUAAUUUGUUUGUUUUUUUGGUGGUUUGACCCAUAAAGGGUUUGAAAUGCUGACAUUUAACGAGAGAAGCAUAUUGUUUUAGCGCGCCGGGGUUAGUCACUGUCUUAUAAUGCCACAUUGUAAUUAAAUUAUAGUAUUUGCAACGUUUAUUGAAACACACGUAAAACAACAACCUGGAAAUGUAAGUACACUAUUUGGGUUAACAUACUUUUAAUGAUAUUUAAUAUUAUGUGCAGAAUAGGAGCAGAAGUACUAUAGUGGCAGUCUAGUAGUGGAACUAUUAGACUGAGGCAGUUUAUUUAAAAAAAGAUGAAGGGUAAUUUUUCACUUUCAACUGUGGAUAGUUUUUUACUUGUAACAUUUUAUUCACUUUUUUUUGUGACCUGAUAAAUAAACAAAAUCUCAAGUGCAAAGGGAAAACUUUCUAAAACGACGUGCUCAACUGAAAGAAUCUGUCGCCAUCUACUGGUCGAAAGGAGCGAUUGGUCCUCAGGUGAAAACAAUGAUGCAGUGAUUUCUGAAAGACAGCAACUCCACCUGUUCCGAGCAAAGGGAGGAGGAGGAGGAGCUGCUGCUGAACACCAAAGAAGAAGAACGCCGCAGCUUGUUGCUUGCCAAGCAAACGUCGGCCAUGUCAGAGGAAGAGACUCUGAGAGACGGCCGUCUUUCGUUCAACUACAUCCCUUCAGGAAAGCAGCUCCCCAGGACGCCUCCCUUGACGAGUGUUAAGAAACAGCUGGAUUUCUGUAACGAAGACUCCAACGAGGGUCUGCAGCAGAGUGCGGAGGCUGGCGGUCGAGGGCAAGAUGACGACAACCAAAACACAACGUUUGAUUUCAACGCCUUUGGGACGAAACCAGAAGCAGAAGAGCCAAACUCCAUGCUGACGGGGAUGAAGGGCUAUCAGCUGACACAAACGGACCUGGAGUUUAUGGAAAAGAUCAGAGCAGAGAAACUUCUCAAGAAACUGCAGGGAGAUCUGGAGGAAGUGCAGAGGUCUUUAAAAAAGGAAAUGAUGCCGUUGGAGUUGGCGUCGGCUUCCAAGAAAAAAGCAGAGGCCGAACUCCAAAAGUUCCCAUCCUGUGAGGAACUCACUGAGUGGGUCAAGCUGGUCCUCAAAAUGACGUCGCCCUCCGCAGAGACAACGGACCUCGACGCCAAGUCGCUCCUUGCCAUGGUGACCGUGAAUAACAUUCACCGAGCCCAGGAGGAGAAGAGGCGUGAGCUCACUCGCAUGGAGAAGAUGGUGGCAAACAAGAGGAAGAAGGAGGCUCAGGCGAAAGGGCAGCUUGAGAAACUAGUUGCCUGUGAGCAGCUGAAGAUACAGGGAUUUAUGAGCCUGUUAUCAGACCUCAAGUCCGAACUCGCACAGCAGGAGGAAGUCUAUAGAGCUCUUGAAAUACAAGUCAGCGCCCAGGAAGCAGCAGAGGUCAAAGCGGAAGACGCGUCGGAGGAACUGCAAGCCGCUAAAAGACCAGUGCGGGGCCGAGGGAAAGGAGGGACAAAAGCUCCUAAAUCCAUAGAGCAUUUGAAAGAUACAACAAACCAAAGCAAAUCGACAAGGAGGAAACUCGGGGACAGUCGGACCAGCGGGAAAGACGACCAGGGAGGCGAUGACGCGAGCCGAAGCGUGAAGACCAAAGAGAAGCGAGCCAGAGGGCCAGCGCAGAAGGUCCAGGAGCAAGAGUCCAGCUCCCGAGAGGCUGCGCGAGGCAGCAGGAAGGCUGCGGGGGCCGCAGCCCCUCGACGGGACCAUCCGAGUCGAGCAGAAUGCGGGGAGGCUGCAGCCGAGGAGACGCAGCCCCCCGCUCUGAGGAGGUCCAAGAGGAUCGCCAGCAGGACGUAGCGUCCGUUAGACGGACUGCUGGUUCACAUUUUACAGGCGCAGACAUCGCCGGGUCAACGAGGCGUCGGAUUCUUUUACUUCUGCUAAAAUAAUUCCCACAGUGGACUUUUUUAUUUGUUACUCUUGUGUAUAUUAUUUUUUUUCAAGAAUCUUAUGAAACCAUGAAAUAAAAUUUCCUUUAAGAA